ACGGCAUAGACGCGCCAAUGCUGCCCACCCAUCGCAACAGAGUCAAAUUAAAGUGACCACGAGCCUUUCGGAUAUAAUCGACAACAAAUGGGAUAAAAAAAAAAUUUAGCGAAGGACCUCUCUGAACUUUCAACGGUCUGUGGAUUUUUUUUCAAAGACACUUGGAAUUUACGUGUGAUAUUAAGUUUAAGUUUUUCUUUUGUUAAGUUGUUUUUUUUAUUAUUAGUGUUGUGUGACUUUCUGUGUUUGUGCUUAAAAUGGAAGAGCACGGAGAUACUAAAGAGCGGGUGCAGAGAGCGCCCUUCGAGACAGCGCUGCAUCACGCGGGAUACGGUCUCUUCCAAUGGCUGCUGCUCAUGGCCUGCGGCGCGGUCUACGCAGUCUGCGCCCUUAGUACCACCACGCUCAGCUUCGUACUGCCAGCAGCCACCAAAGACUUCAAUCUCACCUCCAGUGACAAAGGCAGUCUGACUGCCACACCGCUUAUUGGAAUGUGCGUAGGCUCCUACUUCUGGGGCAACUUGGCGGAUGCCCGGGGCCGCAAGAAAGCCAUCAUCGGAGCCCUACUUCUGGAUGCCCUGGCUGCCUUCUUGUCCAGCGUCAUGCAGUCCUUCCCUGCUUUCUUGGCUUUCAGGUUUUUCUCCGGGUUCGGCAUCAUUGGGGCGACGGGACUCAUCUUCCCUUACUUCGGAGACUUCCUCUCCCUGCGGCAUCGGGACAAGAUGCUGUGCAGGCUAGAAGUGUUUUGGACCAUUGGGACGAUUCUGCUUCCUGGCAUAGCAUACGCCAUCAUCCCCAGCGACCUGUUCAACCUGACGGCGGAGGGGGCUGACUUCCAGUACACGUCGUGGAGGGUGUUCGUGGCCGCCUGCGGGAUCCCCAGCCUGCUGGUGGUGCUGCUGCUGUUCCCUUUCCCGGAGAGUCCCAGAUAUCUGCUGCACGCUAACAGGCCGGAGGCGGCUUUGGCUGCGCUGCAAAGGAUCUUCGUCGUUAAUACGAGGCUUAACGAGAAAGAUUUUCCUGUGGAGUCCAUGAUCAGCACAGGCGACGGCGAAGAGGAGGAAGUGGUUUCAGCAGAUAACAACGGCAACGAGACCAAGGCGCCGUUGACGUGGAAGCAGAGAUGGGAGGCGUUCUGGAUCAGGAAGAAGAUGCUGACUAACCCGCCAUUCAUCGGUUACUUGGCAAUGUGCUGCUUCGUGGAUUUUGGACUCAUGUUUAGUUACUACACACUAAUGAUGUGGUUCCCGGAACUGUUCGAGAGGUACAGCCAGUUCAACGCGAUCAAGACUGGAAACGAGACGGCCAGCGUGUGCGAGGUAUCCUACAAAGUGGCGCAGAACAUUGGACAGAACAUUACUAAUGAAAUGCCUAAUCUUCCCCCAGCAAUAGAUGACCAGGUGUAUAUACAUACACUGAUUGUGGCUCUGAGCUGCUUACCCACCGCCCUGGGAGUGGGGAUCACCAUCAAUGUUAUUGGAAAGAAAUUGAUGUUAGUGAUGAUGCUGAUAAGCUCUGGUCUGGCGGCCCUGGGCUUGAACCUGGUGAGGUCUGCCCUCCAGAACCUGAUCCUGUCGUGUGUAUUCGAGGCGAUAGUUAGCUGCACGGAGGCCGUUCUCUUCUGCGUCAUUUGUGAGAUCUUCCCCACUAAAGUUGCCGCCACAGCUAUGGCGGUGACGGUGAUGUGCGGGCGCAUCGGCGCCAUUGUGGGGAACGUGGUGUUCGGCGCGCUGGUCGACCAGUACUGCGUCGUGCCUAUCUAUAUGUUCGGCUUUUUACUUAUAACAAGUGGACUUCUAUGUAUAAUACUCCCGAAGAGCACCCGGCCGGAGCGGCCGCAGUGAGCGCACGCGCAGCUUGCGAUAUUUUUGUAUGGUUAUGAUUAUUAAAUUAAGUAUACG